GUUUUUUUAAUUGUCAAAGUUUAAAAUCCAAAAUGGUUUUGUUUAUUGGAUCAUUGGUGGGAAAUGGCCUAUUAACAACCCUUGCUAUUGGUCUUGGUAUUUGGGUAAUUUUACUUAGAGCUGAUUUAAGAUCUAUGGAAACUGGCAGAUCUCAAUGCAAAGACACAUUCCUAAACAAGAGCGACAAGACUGUUUCAGCUCGAUUCUCAUUAAAAGAGAAAAUCUCACUCAAAGAAUUGGAAUAUGACAAGAGCCAGUGUUUGAUACCCAUGGUGGAUUAUGUUUUUAUUAAUACUGAAACCAGCUUCGAUAGUUCACCAACAUUUGAAGUCAACAAGGCAGAUAAAUGUAUCCAUCAAAAGAAUUUUCUCGACAAAGGCGUGCAUAAUUUAAAUGUAACUGUUAAAAAAACUGAUACAAAUGAAACAAUGGAAGCAAUGGUGACUUUCAAUGUGGCUGCUGCUGAAAAAAGUGUCUUUAAAACAACUGAACUAGUUUUUGUCGAUACAAAAAAAGACUCAGCAAAUUUAGAAGUUCAGGAACUUUAUACUACCUAUAAAUCAGACAACUCAAAAGUGCAAACGAAAAUUCAAAGCUUGAACGUAACCAACCAAAUAAUCACAUUGGAUCGCAGUGACUUAAAUGGUACCAAUGAAUUAGUUGUUAUUGCUAAUAAUAAUGAUACCAUCUUUAAAAAAGCUUCAAUCAAAGUUUGCUACUUAAAACCCACUGAAUUACCAGUUAUUAAAACAGAACAAUUAAAAUACAAUAAAACUGAUACUGCAAACAAAAUUUCUGUCAAAGCUGUUACAAAAAGCUCCUGUACAAUUGAUACAACUUACAGUGCUAGUGACUCACGACCAUAUGAGGUAAAAACAAAUGGAGAUAUUACUCUUUUAGAGGGUGAAGUUGCCACAAAUAAAACGUUCCUCGUCACUGCAAAUACAGUUGUUGGAGAAAACAAGGGAAAUGUUACAAUUAUCGUCGUUUAA